UUCUCUCUUCUCUCUCUCUCUAACUCUUUCUCUCUCUAAACACACCACGCUCUCUCUCUCUUAAUAUAUACAAUUAAAUAAUAAUAAUAUUUAUUUACUCACAAAAUAAAACACUAACAAAUAAUUAAUAAAUAAAUAAAUUUAUUUUUUCCCAACUAAAUUUUAUUUUUUUUACGAGAGCAAAUCCCUAAAAUCACACACUCAAAAAUAAUUAAAAGAAAAAAAAAAGAAAAAAUUCAAAUCAAAAUCUUUUCUUUCUCUCUUCAAUAUGGCAUUUCACGUAGCUUGCCCAAUUACAUGUCGGAGGAUUUGUUUUUGUUCGCUAGGGUUUGUUGCUGAUAAGGCGAAGAAUGAGUUCCUUGAUGAGAUUCGCAAGGUUGAGGAGUUUGUUAAAGAUCCUUGGGGAAAUAGGGUUCGGGAGGAGAAAGGAGGAACGAUUCAGGUUGCUGUUCCAAGAAUUGAGCCACCUCCGCCUUUGUUGGUUCCGCCGUCUUCGGUUUAUCAACCGGUGGUGUCGAUUUUAGGUGAUGUGGUUGUUAAUAUCGUUGAUGAUGAAGCUGCUGCUGCUGCGUCGGCUCAAGCUAAACGAGCUGCGUUGCAGCGUAAAGCUGCGGCGGCUAUGGUUGCUGCUGAAGAUUAUGCUCGGCGAUUUGAGUCGGGUGAUUUGGCGGCGGAUGUCUCGAGAGGUUCUGCAGGAGAAGAACAGGGUCAGUCCAAUGUCAAUGUAUUGUGCAGAAUAUGCUUUUUUGGUGAAAAUGAAGGAAGUGAAAGAGCAAAGAGGAUGCUUUCUUGCAAAACUUGUUGCAAGAAGUACCACAGAAACUGCUUGAAAAGUUGGGCUCAACAUAGAGAUCUGUUUCAUUGGAGUUCAUGGACAUGCCCCUCUUGCCGAAUUUGUGAGGUAUGCCGGAGAACAGGAGAUCCUAACAAAUUUAUGUUCUGUAAAAGGUGUGAUGGUGCUUACCAUUGCUACUGCCAACAUCCUUCCCACAAGAAUGUUUCUUCUGGACCUUAUUUGUGUCCAAAACAUACCAAGUGUCACAGCUGUAACUCUCCUGUACCAGGAAAUGGCUUAAGCGUGAGGUGGUUUCUGGGAUACACUUGCUGUGAUGCAUGUGGUCGAUUGUUCGUUAAGGGGAAUUAUUGCCCUGUUUGUUUGAAGGUCUAUAGGGAUUCAGAAUCUACUCCUAUGGUUUGCUGUGACGUUUGCCAGCGAUGGGUUCAUUGCCAAUGUGAUGGUAUCAGUGAUGAAAAGUAUUUGCAGUACCAAGUGGAUGGAAAUCUUCAGUACAAAUGUGCUACAUGCCGAGGAGAAUGCUAUCAGGUCAAGGAUCUUGAGGAUGCUGUUAAAGAACUUUGGAGGAGAAAGGACAAAGCUGAUCGAGGUCUCAUUGCGAGCUUGAGGGCAGCUGCUGGGUUGCCAACUCAAGAAGAUAUAUUUUCGAUUUCUCCAUAUUCUGACGAUGAAGAAAAUGGCCCUGUUGUAUUGAAGAAUGAACAUGGACGUUCCUUGAAAUUAUCUCUGAAAGGGUUAGUUGAUAAGUCACCAAAAAAGGCGAAAGAUUAUGGGAAGAAAUAUUACAGCAAAGGGUCUAGUAAGAAAAAAUACCAGGCAUCUGUGAUCGGUAAAAGAGAACAAGAAAUGAGUUUUGAAGGGCAUAACGAUGCCCAAUCCUUAGGAUUCAGCUUGGCUAAUGACAAGAAUGUUGGCAUGCAGUCUCAUAAAGAUGAGAUACAAGACACGUAUUCUUCUCCGGUUGCAGUAAGUCAUAGUCAAACAGAAGAGAUUUGCUCUAUCAAUCAGCCCGGAGUUUUGAAACGCAAGUUUGUUGAUGAGGUAAUGGUGAGUGAUGAAAAUAGGCCUUCUAGAGUUGUUCGAAUUAAGAACAACAAAUCUAAUGAUUUAGAUAGUGGUGAGGAUACUGGAAAGCAAGCUGGCAAGUCAAAGACUGUGAAAGGAAAGAAGUUAGUCAUCAAUUUUGGUCCACGGAAGAUAAACGUAACCAAUUCUCCCAGGUCCGAUGCUUCAACCGACCAAAGAGAACCAGAGAUCAUGAAUUCCAACGCAGGCACAGAAGACACGAGUUGGCGAAAAACAAAUGAUAAGAAGUCUAUAUUGGAGAGGCAUGAUGGCCUUGCUAACAGUGGUGAUGAGAGAAAUGAUUCUUCUAGCCAAUCAAAGGGUUUGAAGCUCGGAAGAGAAGGAAAUUUUAUUAAGUUGGGAAAAAUUAGGACCGGGGUUCCUAGUUAUAACCCAAAAGUUGGCCGAGGCAGUAGUGCUGAUGGAUCUGAAACUGCUACUCCAGAGCAAACUCACACUUCACUGGGAAAAAGAAGAAUUGAAGAAACCGCUGCAUCAGUUGGGCCUGCAAGUGAAGUUCCUAUUUCGAAAAGGGAGAGAGUAUAUUCAGGAAAGCUAUCAGAAGGAAGACCUGAUACUAGCACGGAGAACAACGAUGAUUCUAGUCAGACACCUUUGUCAAAUUCUUUGCCUAAAGAUUCAAAACCUUUGUUGCGGUUCAAAUUUAAGAAGCCUAGUAUCGAGAGUCAGAACUCUGCAAAUCAAGAGGAGGAGAAAAGUUCUUUAAAAGGCCAAAGGUCUAAAAGAAAACGCCCUUCACCGUUCAUGGAGAAAACAACACUUAAUGCAGAUGGUGCAACCCAAGCACAUCAAGAGGAUUUAAUGGAUGAGAUCAUGGAUGCUAAUUGGAUACUAAAAAAGUUGGGUAAAGAUGCAAUUGGAAAACGAGUUGAAGUUCAUCAACCAUCUGACAAUUCAUGGCAUAAGGGGGUGGUAGCCGAUCUAGUUGAAGGCACAUCAACACUUUCAGUUACUCUAGACGACGGUAGAGUAAAAUUCCUGGAACUUGGGAAACAAGGCGUUCGAUUCGUGUCUCAAAAGCAGAAAAGAUCAAAGACAUGAAAUGUCGAACAAGUUCGAUUUCAGUAGGCUUUUCUUUCACUACACCUCAGCACAUAACGAAAACAGUUCCCCAUCCUCGAAGCCACCGAGAAAUUCAACCGCGCUGGUAUCGCUGCAGCUAGGUUCUCGAUGAUGAACUGUUUGUUGGGGACUCAUCAAUCAGUCCAACAGUGAUUGAUUUUUAUUGGCAAAUUUUUGUUUCUCACCAUUAAUUGAUGGAAGGUUUAAACUUUAUAUUAAGAAAUCAAGUCAGCUGUAAUAGUGUAAGAUAUUAUUAGAGCACCCUUAAGGGCUGUUAGAUUUUUUAUUUUUCUUUCUUUUUUUACUAUUGGCUGUAAUUAGAAUUAUGUUUGCAUAAUGCAUUAAGAUGUAUUAGUAUAAUUUCUUUUAUAAUUAAAGAAAAUGAUAUUGUUUAAUCUCUGAAA